CUGACGUUGCGACACGUGAUAGGCUACACAGACACGGAAGCAGAAAGUCAGCUGCAACAGCUUUGGGAAUAAUUUGUCAUUUUCUCAAUCAUUAUUGAGGAAAAGGCCUGUUAUUGUUAGCAUAUAGCUAGCCUGAAGCGACCCUGUUGACCGCAGAGUGCACAAUAUAACGCGCAUGCAGUGAGUGAUAGUUGUUUGUGAGCUGACACUUGUCCUCUGUGUUUAUCGUCGAUUUGUUAGCCUGCCGCUGGAGCUCAGAAUGGACGGUGGGGCUGUGCCGGAGGACAGCAACUCGGCCAGGAAGCGCAAGGUGCACGGCUUACUGAAACUUUACUAUGGGCUGAACGAGGAGGGAAAGGAGGGUCAGCAGACAGAAUCUAUGGACCCCUGCGACAUCAACGGGCCUCACUUUGAUCCAGAGCAUUACCUGAACAAGCUAAGAAGAGAAUGCUCUCUGGCAGAGCUGAUGGACCAAGAGACCUGUAUGGUGAAGCAGAUCCGUUCUUUGGACAGUGACAUGCAGACAUUGGUGUAUGAAAACUACAACAAAUUUAUAUCUGCUACAGACACCAUAAGAAAGAUGAAAAAUGACUUUAAAAAGAUGGAGGAUGAAAUGGACUGCCUAUCUGCUAAUAUGGCCGCAAUCACAGAGUUCAGUGCUUGUAUCAGUGGAACCCUUCAGGAUCAGCACACGCAGAUUACAAAACUCUCAGGGGUUCACACUUUGUUAAGGAAGCUACAGUUUCUCUUUGAACUCCCCGCAAGAUUGAACAAAUGUCUGGAACUGCAGGCCUAUGCUCAGGCAGUAAGCUCCUACCGCCGUGCCCGCUGUGUGCUGCAGCAGUACAGUCACUUGCCCUCCUUUAGGGGAAUCCAAGAUGAUUGUCACACCAUAAUGGAAGAGUUGGCACAGGAGCUUCGACAAAAGUUCAGGGAUGCCCGGAUGAUUCAUGUGUCUCUCUCUUCCUUGCAGGGCGAAUUUUGCAGUCAAGGCGUCCGUGAAAGCCUGGUGGUGAACUUCAUAAAGUUCGUGUGUCAAUCCUCCCGCCAGUUUUGUGAGAGUGCUGGAGACAAAGGUGGUUCCACUCCUCCGGUGCUUCUGUUGCUGCUAUCUCGCCUCUGCUUGGACUAUGAAACGUCCACCAUCUCCUACAUACUUACGCUGACUGACGAACAGUUCCUUGUACAGCACCACAGUCCUGUGACGCCUGUCACAGCCUUAUGCGCAGAAGCCAGGGAGGCGGCCCAGAAAUUACUUAACCAUUAUGUCAAGGUUCAAGGUCUGAUCAUCUCUCAGAUGCUGAGAAAAAGCGUGGAAACACGAGACUGGGUCAACACCAUUGAGCCUCGAAAUGUUCGAGCUGUGAUGAAGAGAGUCGUGGAGGACACAACUUCAAUUGACGUGCAGGUCGGUCUUUUAUAUGAGGAAGGUGUGAGGAAAGCGCACAGCAGUGACUCCAGCAAAAGGACUUUCUCUGUCUACAGCAGCUCCAGGCAACAAGCACGCUAUGCUGCCAGCUACACUCCAAGUGCUCCUAUUGAUACAAAUCUACUGAGCAACAUCCACAAGCUAUUCUCUGAGAGGAUAGACAUCUUUAGCUCAGUGGAAUUUAACAAGGUUUCUGUGAUGACAGGGAUCAUCAAAAUUAGUCUAAAGACGUUCCUGGAAUGUGUUCGCCUGCGCACCUUUGGCCGCUACGGCCUACAGCAGAUCCAGGUGGACUGUCAUUACCUACAGAUGUACCUGUGGCGCUUUGUAUCAGACGAGAACCUCGUUCACUUCCUGCUGGAUGAGAUAGUAUGCAGCUCUGCUCACCGCUGCCUAGAUCCUGCUCCAAUGGAGCAGAGUGUAAUUGAGGUAAUCUGUGAACGUGGUUAAGGCUUAAAGUAUUCUGCUUCUUUAUUAAAGUAGUCUCUGUGAAGCUCAGUAAUUUCUCUCUGGAACACAAGUAUUUUAUUUGUAAAGGUCUUUUUUUUUUUACUUCCAGAUGACUAAUUAAUAAAGAUGUUUGAGGAAAUUAGUUGGGGUAAAAGUUGUUAGAUUGGCCUUU